AUGGCUGACGAGCAUGAGACCUUCGAGUCCGCCGACGCUGGUGCGUCCGCGACCUACCCCAUGCAGUGCUCCGCUCUGAGAAAGAACGGUCACGUUGUCAUCAAGGGUCGUCCCUGCAAGAUCGUUGAUAUGUCUACCUCCAAGACUGGCAAGCACGGUCACGCCAAGGUUCACAUCGUCGCUCUCGAUAUCUUCACCGGCAAGAAGCUGGAAGAUCUCUCUCCCUCCACCCACAACAUGGACGUUCCCAACGUCACCCGUCGUGAAUACCAGCUCCUUGAUGUCACUGAUGACGGUUUCCUCUCCCUCAUGGACGAGAACGGUAACACCAAGGACGACGUCAAGGUCCCCGAGGGUGAGAUUGGUGAUAAGAUCCAUAAGAUGUUCAACGACGAGGGCAAGGACUGCAACGUCACCAUCCUCACUGCCAUGGGCGAGCAGGCCUGCAUGGAUGUCAAGGAGGCUCCCAAAUAAAUGAUCCCGACACUUAUGGACCUCUUCUUGCUCCGUCGGCCAUUGUGUCUCCAAGGGUCUCCUGUUUCUAUGUGUAUGUCCUUUAGCUUAUGGAUGAUGCGACGUUUUGGGCGAUUUAUGGCAUGUCUGUUGCUUGACU